AUGGCGAAGCCGUCAUUCGACAUCGUCAUCCCUCUCGAGGACGAUGCGGCCCUCACUGCCGACAUCCACCUCCGCGCCAUGGCGGAAGACGUCCUCACCAACGCGCAGUUUCCCAAUUCUCAAGCAUGGGAGUAUUUCCGCGAGUGGCUUGCGCGAAACACGAGGGAGCAUAUCCGGCACUCUGGCAAGGGAGUGCUGAUCGCGAGGGACCCGGCAACGGGCGACAUUGCGAGCUUCAUCAAGUGGCUGGAGUACGGACCAGGCGGCGAGGAUACACUGGCGCCCCGUACGGCGGCGGUGGAGGAUGAGUGGCCCGAGUUUUGUGGACGGUCGAUUCUGGAUGAGUAUGCGAACAUUGCGGGAGAUAUAAGGAGGAGAGUUCUCGGGCAGAAGGGCUAUUUUCACGUGACAUUUUUAUGUACCGACCCCAAAUGGGGCGGACGCGGUGCGGCAUCGGCCUUGUUGCGAGAGCUGGAGGACAUGGCAGAGGACGCUGGCAAAGCCAUCGUAUUGGAAGGUGUCAUGUCCGCUGUGCCACUUUAUAAGCGAUUAGGUUUCGAGACUAGACAGGAGCUGCAGAUGAUGCUGCCGCCUCGCGGGUCGAAGAGGCGGACAGAGCGGUAUCUGGAGCAUACAAUGGUCUGGACGCCGGCUUCACUAGACGCGGCGGCAUAG